GAUGCCAUUUUCCUUUUCGUCCAUUUGCAAUGAUUCCAAUCCCCCUCCCUUUCCUCGGCCAAGAGCGCUAAAGAUGUUUGGUUUCUGCGCUUUAUCCGUUGUUCCCCCCAGAUUUGAGAAAUGAAUCGAUAAAGACGGAAACUUCGCCCUUCCCGAGAGAAGAGACGAAAAGAUUUCAGCUCGAUCGAUGCAGAGCGAAGGCUAUCGGGUCCAAGAUCACGUUCGCGGGCUGUGAAAAGGCGUAAAAAUUCGAUCUUUUUCCUUUUCGAAACCGUCCGAGAAGGCAAAGAAGCACCGGGGAUCGAUCAUCGAUCGGUUCCUCUGCUUCUCCUCAGAGGAGAAGGUCGGGAGGACGCUAAAAAGAACCAUCCCUUAGCAGUGUGCUGAAAUCCACAGUUCGACUCCGAUCACAUGGAUGAAUAUGUGAGUAACAGAGCUAGUAGAGGAGAGAGUUUUGCUAGAAGGGGAUCCAACUUAUCUUUCAGAGAUCAUAGCCAAGAAGAUAGACAUGUCCAGAACUACAGGAGGUCGGGAUGCAGUAGCAGAGUUGGUUCGACAAGGGGUCCCCAAGUUGUGACUCCUGAACGGCACAAACAUGUGAGGGCUCCUUUUCGCUCUGCGAGCGGUAAGGCAAUAGCUGGAAGCACUUCAAAAUCAUCUUCUAUCUCUGGUAGCCAUAGAAAAGCAUUCCAGGAACAGCAUGACCAGACAUUUCUACAGGAAUCAGUUGUGGAAGAACGUAGUACCAGACAGCAGAUUGAUGACAUUGACAGCAAUGAUCGACAGGUUCGAGCAAACAAUUUCAAUUCCGAAGGUAGACAAGCGAGGAAAGAAGAUACAGAUUCUGUUUCCUUAACAACCAACAGUCGUAAAUCUUCACUUCUCAAGGGGGUUUCCACAGCCAAGUCUAAGUCAUCCAAUGGUUGCAGCAGUGCAUCAAGUUCAAAAAUGCAUAAACAGAUCAGUGGACAGUUGGUUUCAGGAAAUCAGGAAGCUUCUUCGAGUUCCUUUGUUCCACGCUCCUUUGCUGUAUCCAGUAGGAAUUCCGCUAGUGCUGCCAAAUCCUUCUCACAAGUUCUGGACACCGAGUCACCAAGAUGUGGUCUUCAAAAUCUAAGUUGCACAUCGAUAUAUGAUGUUUGUCCUUCAGGUUGUUCCUCUGAUUUAACCGGUGAUAAGAGGAUUGUUAUGGUAAGAAAGAGACAAUCUGAUGGAGAGAGUUCCGCAACCAGUGGCAGGGGGUCAAAUGCCUCUCCGGGUGGAGGUUAUUCGGGUUCCACUUACUCUGAGACUUUUGUCCCACAUCUGCCCAUUUCAGGCCGAAUCAUGCAUCAAUCAGUUUCAAGGUCCAGAAGCCGGCUUACCAUUAGGGAUGGAGCAGUUUCAGUUAGAACACAGCGGGCUUCUCCUGGAGAUAAUAGAAUGAGGCCAUCUGAAGAAGGGAAUGGUAGCACCCUUGCACUUGAUGACCCUACUCCAACCCCCCAACUUCAGCAGAUGCAUUUUUCUGUACCAGAAGCAGUACAUGAGAGUUCGACAACAGCAUUUACCACAGAUUUGCCAUAUGUCUUCAAUGAUUCAUCUGGACGACCAAGUUCAAGCAACUGUGUUAUUCGAAGCAGAUCGGUUUCCCGCCCUGAAAGUAGCAGCACACCAAUCACCCAUCGCUCUUUUGGAGAUCGGCAUGGCCACCGACGCCUCAACAUGGAAGGAGUUGCAGAGGUGCUAUUGGCAUUAGAGCGGAUUGAACGCAAUGAAGAGUUAACAUAUGAGCAAUUAUUGGUUCUCGAGACAAAUGUAUUGUGGGGGGCACUAAGGUUCCACGAUCAGCACAGAGACAUGAGAAUGGACAUCGAUAAUAUGUCCUAUGAGGAACUAUUAGCUUUGGAGGAGAAAAUGGGUACUGUUAGCACAGCUCUUACAGAAGAGCAGAUGACAAAAUGUCUCAAGAGAAUCACAUAUGCAUGUGCCUCCCUGGUCCCUGGAAUAACUUCUCAUGAUAAUGAUGAUGCCAAAUGCAGCAUAUGUCAGGAGGAUUAUAUAGAUGGAGAGGAGGUGGCCAGGCUGCCAUGCGAGCAUCUAUAUCAUGUUGCCUGCAUUGAUCAAUGGCUUCGGCAGAAGAAUUGGUGCCCAAUCUGCAAGUCGUCUGCCUUGCCCUCCAAGGAAACAGCUCAAAACUGAGUGUUCCAUUACUUCUGCUACUUCUUGAGAAGCAUCUUCUUUGUACAUGAAAUGUUUCCAUUGUCAUGCAAUAAAAUGCACAAAUGUUGGAACUUA